CAGUACCUGAGAGCAAGAGACCGCCAGGGCUCUGCGGCCAGGAAAGCACCUCCUCCACCCUUUCCAAAAAUGCCCCGGAAGUGCCUCCGCCCUCAGUAAAGAUGGCUGUAGUACUUUGCGUGAGGGAGGCGGGGCCGCGCCUGCGCAACAAGUUCGGCGGGGAAGAUGGCGGAUGACAAGGAUUCUCUGCCUAAGCUUAAGGACUUGGCAUUUCUCAAGAACCAGUUGGAACGCCUGCAGCAGCGUGUGGAAGACGAAGUCAACAGUGGUGUGGGCCAGGAUGGCUCGCUCUUGUCCUCCCCAUUCCUCAAGGGCUUCUUAGCCGGCUAUGUGGUGGCCAAACUGAGGGCAUCAGCAGUAUUGGGCUUUGCUGUGGGUACCUGCACUGGCAUCUACGCAGCUCAGGCAUAUGCUGUGCCCAAUGUGGAGAAGACGUUGAGGGACUAUCUUCGGUCAUUGCGCAAGGGGCCCGACUAGCUCUGG